ACUAAGGACCAGAUAUUCUCCCAAUUACUACAGGUAUUAACCUCCUAAUUACCUAUUAUUCUCCUUAACUCUUAGCUGAAAAUCUGCUAACUAAAGACUCUGCAUCUAGACUUAGCACGUAUAGGAUUCCUUCAACACUCAUAUCAGUGCUGCUCCAGGUAUCUAAAACUGCUUGACAUCAACCAGAUAAUGCUUGGGUAUCAAUGAUACCAUGACCGGGAUUACUGUACUAAAUGCGGUGACAACUCUGCAGCCAUGUGCACAGCUGUUGGAUGCUCGCGUCGCGUGCGUCCUACGCUAAAGCUGAGCUAGACCACGAGGACCAUACAGCAUCGCCGCAUCGGUUGCCUGAGCUCGGCGACCGCCCCGCCUACCGCAACCAUGGAGCUGCUGCGGGACAGCAUCGCCAUGGUGUCCCUGGCCGUCUUAGUGGCCGCGGUGUGCGCGCGCGCCGCGUCCUCGUGGCUCCGCCCCGGCUUCCCCCGCCUCGCCGCGUUGCUCCCGGUCGUCGCGUUCCUGGCCGCGACUCCCCUGGCCUUCACGUCUGCAAUUGUAAGGGGACUCGCAGCCUUCUUCCUCACGUGGCUCGGCGUGUUCAAGGUCAUUCUCCUCGCCGCUGGCAGCGGCCCGCUCGAUCCCACUCUCCCGGUUCUCGUGUUCGUCUUCACCGCAGCGCUCCCUGUCAAGCUCAGAUGCGGCGGCCCCGGCGCCGCCGGAGUAGCAGCAUCCAAGGUCAAACCGGUCUCGCCCGUUUCUUGCGCGGUCAAGGUCGCCGUCAUAGCCGCCAUCCUCCAUGUCUACCAGUACACGGACCAGCUGCAUCUCUACAUGCGCCUUGCUCUGUACGGCGUGCACAUGUACUGCUUUUUGGACCUUCUGCUCCCCUGCAUCGCGGCCGCCGGCGGCGCGCUCGGCAUGGAGUUGGAGCCGCAGUUUGACAGGCCCUACCUGGCGUCGUCGCUGCGCGACUUCUGGGGCCGGCGGUGGAACCUCAUGGUGUCGGCCAUCCUCCGGCCAUCGGUAUACGACCCCGUGCGCGCGCGUGCCGGGAAGGCGGCGGCCACCAUGGCCACGUUCCUCGUGUCCGGGCUGAUGCACGAGGCACUGAUAUACUACCUCACCCUGCGGCCGCCCACCGGUGAGAUGACGGCGUUCUUCCUGCUCCACGGCGCGUGCUGUGUGGCCGAGGAGUUGUGCGCACGGAGGUGGGCGGUGAAGGGGUGGCGGCCGCCGCCGCGGCCCGUGUCCACGCUGCUCGUGGUUGUGUUUGUGACGGGAACGGCGUUCUGGCUGUUCUUCCCGCCGAUCUGCAGAGAUGGAGGGGAGGAGGCGUUGCUGGAGGAGUGGGCAGCGGUGGCGUCGUUCUUCGAGGACGCCGGCAGAGAGCUGAUCCGGCACGCAAGCGAUGUCGUCAUGAACUCGAAAGUCGAAACAUGUACGUUGUACUCGCUGACGUAUCGGAAAUUAACCAUAUAUGACUGCCAACAUGGUCAUAACAAUCCGGUUAACUAUGUCACGAUCGUUGUGUCGUAUUACAUUACUCCCUGCCUCAGUCCAUAACGUUUUUUUUGUAAAGUGUUAACCGAUACUUACUCUAUUAAUUUGUUACUAGCAAAAUUGCCCGUACAUUGCUAGUGGUGAAUAUGAUAUGUUCUCAAUCUCGACGUCAGAUGUGAAUUUAGGAAGGAAACAUCUUCUUUAAGCAAACUAAUCUGAUGGUUUAUACAUUGGGUUCGGCAUUGCAAUGGGAAUAA